CACUGCAGAACUGUUCGCACCUUUGUGCUCUUGUGCGUGCGAAUAGACUCUGUUCUUACCUAACAAACACCAAAUAAGAAAACAUUGGUGAAUGUCAGAAACUUCGUGAAAACUGCGUGAGUUUUAAGAAAUUCCUUCUUAAGAUUGCUCAGUAAAUGAGGUUCAGUGUGAUCUGUCGGCUGCCUAAAAGCACUAAAACAAUAAAGAUAGAGGUUAAAUCCUAAAACCAACAGGCCAAAAAGAGACGUGAUACAGGUAGAAAUAAAAGAGCAGUUCCUGUACUGCAGGACAUUCUGGAGAAUGCAGCUCGUCCCAGCAUGGGCCGUUUUUCCCGUCUCUUUGGAGCUCAUUUCUGGGAAGCCGUGCAAAAUAUGUGGCUUGUUGGAAAAGGGGUGGAGAACAGCGGCAGCUUCGUUCUGGGGGUAAUGAAGACCUAGUGGCGGUGAUAGCACCUCAUAUUCGAGCAGCGCAAGACACUCAGCUGUGAAACUCCAAAACAAUGUGGGGCCUUUGGAUUCUGCUCUGUGCUGCUGUUUUGACAGAGUCCUGUGCCGGAGAGACUUUGCAGCAUGGCCGUCAGUUGAGUAUUAGGCUGCAAGACUGGAUAAAGAAAUUGGAGUUCACAUCACUGGAUAAAUCCCUCAAUUACACCAUCUGGUCCGACAGUGUCACACCCCAUCGGGGAAAAGUGGUAGGAGGGAGGGGCAAUAACAGACGCUUCGUAAUUGACUCUGUCAAUUUUGAUGAUCAGGGAACCUACACUCUGUGGAACUUCAGGAACCAAGUGUCUUCUGUCACCAGAUUAAUAGUUAUCUCCUCCACCAACAUCAAGUACUGUGUGGCUGAUGCAACUCUCAGCAUUUCACUGGAUGGUCUGAAGAAAGAUGAAGCCAGUCUGAGUUUCUCCAACCAAAAAAAGAUCCUCACAUUGGUGAAGCAAGGCUCACCUGUGUGGAAUCUUGGUUACUAUAAACGGAUCAAAGUGACCAACAGCAGUAUCCAGAUGGUCAGUGUCAGUGAGUCCGAUGUGGGCCAAUACACGGUCUUUGAUCUUCGAGGUCGUCAGACAAAGGUCAUCACUUUAAAAAUCACUGAUGCCCCUGUCAAGGUUGAUGAUGUGCAAUUGCAGUAUGGGCAGAAGUUGAGCAUCAAGCUGCCAGUUCAGACAAAGAUGUUGAUGUUCACCUCUAAAUCCCAGAAUUACACUAUUUGGUCCAGCAGUGUCACGCCCAAUAGGGGAAAUGUGGCAGGACGGGGUGAUGAUAGACACUUCAUAAUUAACUAUGUUAAUUUUGAGGAUGAGGCAGCCUACACCCAGUGGAACUCCAGGAACAAAGUGACUGCUGUCACCAAUGUAAAGAUUGUUUGCUCAACUGACACCCAGAAUUGUGUGGCUGGUGCGACUCUCAGCAUUUCACUGGAUGGUCUUGAGAAAGAUAAAGCCAGUCUGAGGUUCUCGAACAUAGAUAAGAACCUCACACUGGUGCAGCGAGGCACGCCUGUGUGGGACCUUCUUGAAAGAGAACGGAUCAAAGUGACCAGCAGCAGCAUCAGCGUGCUCAGAGUCAAUGACUCAGAUGUGGGCCAAUACACGCUCUUUGAUCUUCAAGGUCGUCAGACCAAGGUCAUCACGUUAAAAAUCAAUGAUACCAGUAACUUGACUGAUCGUGUGGAACUACAGUAUGGGGAUACUUUGAGCAUCAAGCUUCCAGUUGAGGCAGAGACGUUGACGUUCACAUCUAAAUCCCAGAAUGGCAUUAUUUGGCCAAGCAGUGCCUGGCACAAUAGGGGAACUGUGAAAGGACUGGAUGAUAAAAGGAGCUUUAUAAUUAACACUGUUAAUUUUGAUGAUCAAGGAACCUACAUCCAAAGGAACCACUGGAAUGCAAGGACUUAUGCCACUGAAGUAAAGGUUCUUUCCAGAAGAUACACCCAGGACUGUGUGGCUGGUAAGACUCUCAGCAUUUCAUUGAAUGGUCUUGAGAAGGAUCAAGCCAGUCUGCGUUUCUCCAAUAAAGAGGUGGACCACAUGCUGGUGCAGAGAGGCUCACCAGUGGGGAAUCUUCCUGGCUAUUAUGAACGGAUCAGUGUGACCAACAGCAGUAUCCAGGUGCUCAACUUCAAUGUGUCAGAUGUGGGUCAAUACACUCUCCUUGAUAGUCAAGGUCGUGAAGCGAAAGUCAUUACUGCAAACCUCGCUGAGCCGCACAGUUGGAAGAAUCUAUUCAUUAUUGUGGGUGUUAUACUGCUGGCUGGUAUUUGCUGUUAUGUAGGAAAAACAGCAUGGAAAAGGCAGCAAGCACUCUCGCAUGUCUACAGUCAACUCUGAGAACUUACUUCCCCAGCCUGGACCCUCACCCAUUUACAACAAGCCUAUUGCUGCUGCAGGCCCCAGCCCAGUAAGACCCCAGCACCCAAUAUAUGCAGAACGAUGCAUGAACUGGCAACUUGGCCUUGUGAAAUGUACAAAUUAUUGAGCAGUGUAAUUUUUUGUUGCUUAGAACUGUCUGUUUGCAAAAUACAGAGAAAGCCCUGCUUUCAGCUCAGGCUACCUGGUAGCUUCUGUAUCACCUGUGCUAACAGCCUAAAAUGCUCAGAUGUACAAAGGGGAAUUUAGAAGCACAGAGGAGACACCUGAAACACUUACCAUUAAAAUUAAACAGGCUUCAAAAGAUGUUGAACACAGACAUACAUAUUUGGGAACUGACAGAAUAUAGAACUUGAUUUCAGUUUACAAUUUUAGGCCAAUUUAAAGGAAACAAAAAAUUUGGUUGUAGGAUCUUUGAACUAAUUGAAUAAAAAAAAGUCACAUGUUAAAGCAGUAGCUUUUAAUAUCUAAUAAGGAAGAGGUUUUAGUUUCAUAAAGUUCAGCAAACUUUAUUGGAACAAUAUGAAGACUCGCAUCUGUAAGAAUGUGUUAAUAUAUUUAUGCACAAUGUUUUAACCACAAAUAUGAGCACUGAACAGUCCAGAUUAAUUGGACGGAUUUAUCAAGCUAACCGUGAGUAGCUUAGUUAAGAAAAGAUCACUAGUUAUAUAACUGAUCUUUUCUGAUUGUUUAUCUUUAGACAUCAUUGACCCUUUUUUUUGCAAAUACAGGAACCCACAUAAAGUUUAGCUUAACUUUGAGCCACUAUAAAUCUGCCAUGAGUGGGUUCUUCCACAUAGUUUAAACUUAAAAAACUUCUCUACAGCUUCAUGAAUGAAAUAACAACACCACCCUCCAAAUGAUCAGGAUAACAUGUGUCAGGCAUUAUACGUUCCUCAUUAACACCAUUCCACCAUUUCUUUGCCUAAUAAUUCAGGCUAAUCUGUUGCCUCCUUCGUUCUCAGUGCAGGUUUAUUUUAAGUAGUUCUGUCAAAGUGUUUUUUUCACUGGACAGAGGAUCCAAAUUUGGAGACAACUGUGGUUGGCUGACAGGCGUGUCAAUCAUAAUUUUACCUUGUUCCUACUGUGUAAAUGCUUUUCCUUGGUUAAUUGACAUAAGAUAUGAAGUGCUCAACAAAGUUUCUGUGUUGCCAGCAUUACUUAAGGCAAAAAAUGAAAUUCACACAUUUUUUUUUCAUAUGCUUAUCAAGUGUAGUUGAUAAGACAUGUUUGAACAGUAGGUGAUGUGUAACUGGGGGUUCCUGUUUUCUCAGAUUUAAUGGAAGUCUGGGAUUUAUUUCAUUCCACAAACAAAUGAAGAGUUUACAUGAACUGAACCAGGAUUACUUGCCUGAACAUGAGCCCACUGUCAUGAUUAAGACAGUUGCAAACAUUUAACCGUUUGUUGAGGAUCCUGCGUAUUAGCUCACAAAUUAUUUACAGAAAAGAAGGACAGAACCUGAUUAGAUAUUCAGCAUUUUUUUCAGUAGAUUGUUUGGUGUUCUCCUUCCUGGGGAUAGAGGGUAUCCCUAUCUGCUGCCUCUGCCUGACCCUGGACCAGAGUUACACUACAUUUUGGGCACUGCAGGACAGGGGUCAAACUAGAGCUAGGGCCAUAAUGACCAUGGGCAUCCUGAAAGCCUUGUUCCAGUGCCAGCACUGGCUCAUGCCAGGGUCACCACUGAGAAAGCAUCAUACAGUCUUUCCUGCUCUACCACCCUUGAUUGAAGCAACAUUGAGGCUUAUUAUUAUUGCCAGUGUACAUUCGUAAUACAGUAUUGUGAUAGAUUCAAUAACCCAUUGUUCUAGGAAUAAUCAGUCCAUGUAAUUGUUGUGAGCUCCCGAAAGUGUUUACAAGGUUUUUUAACAUUGUUUUCAUAAUCAGAGAGCAGUGAGAAGAGUCUGUUCUUUAAUGUUAGAUUUGCUGGCAAUUUUAAAGUAGUUUUGAACUAGUAAAUAUUCAACUCAGCAUUACUUUAUGCGGGGCCAAAUGUAGCUCAUUGGGCCAGUAAUCUAACGUUACACAUCACCCAACUAUAUAUAUGUAAAUAUGUAGAUAUGUGAUACAUGUUUGUGAUAUUAUGUGCUCAGAGAAUCUGUAUGUUCAAGAGAAGCUGUUCCAUUAAUAGAAUUUUCAGCUAUCUCUGCAUUAUAUCUUUGAAAUACCACUAUGUUUCUUUUUUUCUAUUUUGUGUAGUAUACUCUGUACGCAAAAAGUGCUCUGUAAGAAAUGUUCCUGCAAGCCAAUGAAAUAAAAAUGUGAGAUGUC